AUCACCAUCUGUCCGUCACCCUCAUUGCCACCAUGCUGGUCUCUGGACUGCUCCUGGUGACUGUACUGGCCUUCCUCAUCGUUCUGGUCUUCAUGUCUGUCUGGAAGCAGAAGAAAUUUUCAGGGAAGCUGCCUCCAGGACCCACCCCACUGCCCUUCAUUGGGAACUACCUUCAGCUGAACACAGAGCAGAUGUACAACUCCCUCAUGAAGUUCAGUGAGCGCUAUGGUCCCGUUUUCACCAUCCACCUAGGGCCUCGCCGAAUUGUGGUACUAUGUGGACAGGAAGCAGUCAAGGAGGCUCUGCUGGAUCAAGCUGAGGAAUUCAGUGGGCGUGGCGAGCAGGCCACCUUUGACUGGCUGUUCAAAGGCCAUGGCGUGGUUUUCAGCAAUGGGGAGUGUGCCAAGCAGCUAAGGCGCUUCUCCAUUGCCACAUUGAGGGACUUUGGUAUGGGCAAGCGUGGCAUUGAGGAGCGCAUCCAAGAGGAGGCGGGCUUUCUCCUGGAGGCAUUCAGGAAGACAAAUGGUGCUCUCAUUGACCCUACAUUCUACCUGAGCAGAACAGUGUCCAAUGUCAUUAGCUCUAUUGUUUUCGGGGACCGCUUUGACUAUGAGGAUAAAGAGUUUCUGUCACUGCUGAGGAUGAUGCUGGCAAGCUUCCAAUUCACAGCUACCUCCACUGGGCAGCUCUACGAGAUGUUCUCUUCAGUGAUGAAAUACCUGCCAGGGCCACAGCAACAGGCCUUUAAGGAACUGAAGGGGCUGGAGGACUUCAUAACCAAGAAGGUGGAACAGAACCAGAGCACCCUGGACCCCAAUUCCCCAAGGGAUUUCAUUGACUCCUUCCUCAUCCGUAUGCAGGAGGAGAAGAAGAACCCAAAUACAGAGUUCUACAUGAAGAACUUAGUGUUGACGACACUGAACCUCUUCUUUGCUGGUACAGAGACUGUCAGCACUACCCUUCGCUAUGGCUUUCUGUUGCUCAUGAAGCACCCAGAUGUACAGGCCAAAGUCCAAGAGGAGAUUGACAGGGUGAUUGGCAAGAACCGGCAGCCCAAAUAUGAGGACCACUUGAAGAUGCCCUACACAGAGGCUGUCAUCCAUGAGAUCCAGAGAUUUGGAGACAUGAUCCCCAUGGGCCUGGCUCGCAGGGUCACCAAGGACACCAAAUUCCGUGACUUCAUCAUCCCCAAGGGCACUGAAGUAUUUCCUAUGCUGGGCUCUGUGCUGAAGGACCCCAAGUUCUUCUCCAACCCCAAAGACUUCAACCCAAAUCACUUCCUGGAUGACAAGGGGCAGUUUAAAAAGAGUGAUGCAUUUGUACCCUUUUCCAUAGGUAAACGGUACUGCUUCGGAGAAGGACUGGCUAGAAUGGAGCUUUUUCUCUUCCUCACAAACAUCCUGCAGAAUUUCUGCUUCAGAUCCCCACAGGCACCCCAGGAUAUUGAUGUGUCACCUAGACUUGUAGGCUUUGCUACUAUCCCACCAAACUACACCAUGAGUUUCUUGUCCCGUUGAGCCAGCUCUGGAUGAGGGUAAAGGGAAGGAUGGAGACCAGGCUAGUGGGGGCUGGGAUUUAGAAGGGAUCAGAGGUACAUAAGAGAGAGAGGACAUGACAAACUUGAUGAAGACAGACUGUCAUUUCAAAGAUAGUGAGGGAGAAAGGGGAAAUUUAUACUAUGUUGUAAGCAGUAUUAUUAUUAUUAUUAAUAAUAAUAAUAAACAUUACAUACAUACGUA